AUGGCGGGCGAGGUCGUGCAAAUUUGGGAGAGUGAUGAUCGGGUCCCGCCGGAAGUUGGGCGGGUCACGGCCUCGUUAAGAACGGCGGCGGCGGCGGCGACGCGCGAUCGGCGCCCGACGCCCCUCGGAAUGUUGCGUGAGGCGGCGUCAAUAGCUGCAGCGACGCCUAACUCCAUCGUUCGCCGCCAGCCGGCGCUGCCGCCGCCGCCGCCGCCGCCGCCGCCACCGCGCCUCCGCUGUGGCCGCCCCGGGCCGCACCCCCUCCCCUCCCCCUCCUAUCCGCGAGGUGCGACUCGCACGCGCCAAACUGCCGACGUGGGAGGCGCCGCCCCCGCCUCCUCCACCGCCCCCGCCGCCCUUUGUGGCAGCACCGCGUCGGCCAUGGCGAGCGGAAAGCGCCGGCAGACAGCUCAGCGCGGCCCUAAUUGCUUGCCGGCCGUGACGUCUGGGGGGCGGCGCGAGCCGGCGCAGCGGUCCUCAGAGGGCCGCGCCGGAAGGCGCUCUGCGGCUCCUGGACCUCGACGGCCUCUGUUUGCUGUCCCACCCUUCAGUCCAUCUGCGGCGGAGAUAGAAUCAAUAGCGGCGGCCGGCGCGCCACACGUUGAGUACACAGCUAUUAGGCAAAUGGGGAGGCUGGGAGAUGCCUCACCCCAGUCCCGUUUCCACCCCAGCUCCGGCGCAACUGCAAACACAGCGGGCAGGGCGGCCGAGGUCGCGGCGUUCGCGGCCGUUCUCGGCCUUAUCUUGGGCCACGUGCCCGCCGCCUGCGUCAACAGAGCGACCCUCCACUCCGCCCCGGGCCAACAUGCGCCCAGGAGGAUGGAAACGUUUCAGCAGUGGUAG